UCCAAGCCAUCAGUGACAAACAUUUGGUGCGCUUAGCUGAGGAUGAGUGUAUUCCACUUAUCGAAUCUCUUGCUGUGAGUGCAGAGGCAGUUCCUGCUAGUUAUGAGUGUGAUGAUGGACUUUCAGUCGUUCCUUGUAUAACGGAGCAAGAGUUGAAGGAUAAACAAAGAGCUGAUCCUGCAAUACAAGCAAUCAUUUUGCAGAUAGAAACAGGGCAACCUUCUUUGCCUGUAUUGAGAAGAGAGAUACCAGAACUUCCAUUUCUUCUACGAGAGUUAAAAAAGUUGGAGUUGAGAGAUGGAAUUCUCUAUCGGAAGAGAGUUAUUGGUGAUAAUACGAGUUACCAGCUUGUUCUUCCAACAGACUUGAGACAAAUGGUGUUAGAACAAUUACAUGAUAACAUGGGCCAUCUAGGUAUAGAGCGAACCAUCGAUCUGGUUAGAGCUCGGUUUUAUUGGCCCAAAAUGGCUAUAGAUGUUGAGGUAAAAAUCAAGACUUGCAGCCGAUGUGUUUGCCGAAAGACUCCACCCCAGCGGACGGCGCCGUUAGUGAAUAUCCAGGUAUCUCGUCCACUAGAACUGGUAUGUAUGGAUUACCUGUCCCUUGAGCCAGAUCGUAGCAAUGUAAAAGAUAUCUUGGUAAUAACGGAUCAUUUCACAAAAUAUGCCGUUGCAAUCCCAACUCCAAACCAAAAAGCCAGAACAGUUGCAAAGUGCCUUUGGGAGAACUUUUUCGUACAUUAUGGUGUUCCAGAAAAGCUCCAUAGUGAUCAAGGACCUGAUUUUGAGAGUAAAACUAUCAAAGAGCUUUGUGAGAUUGCAGGCAUUCGUAAAGUCAGAACUACACCGUAUCAUCCCAGGGGAAACCCAGUCGAGCGUUUUAAUCGUACAUUAUUGGGCAUGCUGGGAACCCUAGAUAAUAAAGACAAGACUCACUGGAAAGACUUUGUGAAGCCAAUUGUACAUGCUUACAAUUGCACUAAGCAUGACACCACCGGAUUUACGCCUUACGAGUUGAUGUUCGGUAGGCAGCCCAGAUUGCCAAUUGACCUGGCGUUCAAAAUCCCUGUAAAUAACAGUAACAAGAAGUCACAUUCACAAUAUGUGCAGACUUUAAAAACGAAUCUGCAAGAGAGUUAUGACCUUGCUAGGAAGAAUGCAGCAAAGGUUGCAGAACGAAACAAGACACGGUAUGACAAAAGAGUUACUGAAUCUCCCAUUGACCUAGGUGAUAGAGUUCUUGUCAGAAAUGUGCGUCUGAGAGGAAAGCACAAAUUAGCUGAUAAGUGGGAUAGUGUUGUAUAUAUUGUAGUAAACCGUGCUGGUGAACUACCGGUGUAUACAGUAAAACCCGAAGGUAGAGAUGGACCGUUAAGAACACUUCACAGAGAUCUACUUUUACCUUGUGGCUUUUUGUCACCAGGGGUGAUAGAGAAGCAAACGACACACAAACCACGAGGAGAACAAACAGUUAGGAGAAAAGUAUCAGAGGUAGAACAAGACAGUCCCGAGCAAUGUCAGGAUCAUGAUGAAGAUGACGAUGAUUACUUGUUGCAGCUUUGUGAGCCUAUUGUUAAGACUACACCAUUUAGUCUUGUUAAGGAGUUUGAAGUUGUAACAACAACCAGAGAGGCCUCCCAUAGAUGUGCUGGAAAUCCGACUUCACCUGAUUCAGUUUCUGCUAGUGGCAAUGUUAUUGAAGGUACUUAUGAGGGAAACCUACCCAAACCAGGAUACUUACCUGAAGUCCAGUCUCCUGCUGGAUCAGAUAUAGUGGGAAGUGAUGAUGUAUCUGAAAGGGACGUGCUGGAACAGAGAGAUCAGCAAAGUUUAAACUCACCUGAUGUUCCAGUGAGGAAGGCCCGGGUGGAUCCAGUGGACUGUACUGUUUCUGAUGAAGAAACGGAAUCAGAGGAAAGUGACACAGAAAGCAGAUUGAGACAGUCCAAAAGGGUUAGACAAAAACCCAAAAGGUUGACUUAUCCUGAUCUGGGAAACCCAAUGAUAACUAUAAUGCAGUCUCUUCUGCAGGGUUUGAACACUGCUUUUGUUGAUACAUUAGUGGAACAAGCCAAGUCAGCUAAGGUACACAAGAUAACUAAAAAAUGAAUAAUCCGCAUGCAAGAGGACUUGCAUAGAUUGAAUAGGGGAGGGUGUAACCCAGGUAAAAUAAUGGACCAAUUAAAAGCAAAACUAUAUAAAAGUAAAUAGGUAUAUAAUGGGAAAAAAACUAUUAUAAGUUUGUCCAAAACUGCUAAAUUAAUAAUAAUAUUAAAUUUGAAUAAAAUAUAGAAAACUGACAGGUUCACCGGAAGUCAUGUGACUGAUUAGUGGCGUGUCGGAAUUGACGUGCGGACAUCUGUCAGAGAUUGAUUGAGAGAACCAAAGAGAAGCACGCAAGACGGUGAUCCCUGAAACAUCUGGAAAACUUAACAAAAAUACUUAUUAAAUUGUUUAAGAACAUUAAAAAACUAUUCAGUUUUAAAUGAAUAUCAAUCGUAGAGUAACAAUCCAUUUUGGUUACUUUUAUUGAUGUGGAUGGAAGCGGAUUACAGAAAUUGUUGCCAUGCGGACUUUAGUGUUGUAGCCUAAAUUAUCCAACUUGGCCAGGUUUUUGAUCUGGGAUCGAAAGAGAAGAAAACCCUUGUGAAAACGUCGAGUCAAGACCUUGCUGGAAACCAACGGUUUCUAUGAACCGAGAUGGCGAGCCACCCACGCGAGUAAAAUCUUCUGGAGCGAGAGUGCAAACUCUUUUGACGACGAUAAGUGAACUUGAACAGAACAAAUCAUACAGAAAUAAGUCAUUUAUCAUUUAUUUUGUUUACGAUUCGAAUUCUUUGUAAUUGAAUGGACAUUGAAUGUUUUGAGGACCAGUUAGUUGAUCUUUUCUUAUUUUCCUUUUGAAUAUUGCAUAUAUUCUAUUGUGUGCCUUUAAGGCAGUAGUGUGGUUUAAACAUAUUCCAGGGUUUACUGAAUAACAAAGUUAAACCAAACAAUCUUAACUGAAGUAAGAUUUAAAAGAUAAAUAGGAGAUCUACAUUUAAAAUUAAUGUCUUUAAUUAAAAACUGAUAAGUGAACUAAAAGUAUACAGUUAAAUAUAAUUCUAAAUUAGGAAAACCAUGGUAAAUAAAUAGAUAUCCAAAUAAAGUAAUUCCAAGUCAAUUUACAUUCAUAACUAAACAGAGAUAUAGCAGGAUAUAAAAGAAUAACCACAUUUCAAGCAAAUUUCAUUGGAUUUAUUAUUUUUCAUACAUUCUGUAAAGUUUAAGUUGUGGUAAUUUUCAGAGUAUCUGGUUUGCUACAGAAAAUAAAUCUUUGUAAUCAUCCACCGUAUCAUAUCUGUUCUCUCAGGAACCUAGAGACCUGGUCCUUCUACUUGUACU